AAUGGCCUUAAGGUGAUGUAUGCCCUACCUCAUCACCAACUCUCAUCCGGUACUCUUCUUCAGCAUGCGAAUUCGCAACACCAAAAGAGUCUUCUCUUCACCUCCUCUGUUUCAUCUGUUGGUAAUGUUCAGGCUUUACCAGGCGCAGCUCUAAACCUCAACGUGGCUGCAGGUAUCGGCACACAGCCCUGCGCAGGUGGCAAAAAGCAGUCGCGCAAAACUCCCCUCAUGCCUAGGGGGGGUGCAGGUGUCAUUCCAGAUCAGGCUUCGUGUGGUUCGGAUUUUCGCUCACUUCAGCACCCCACUCUACCAGCUUCCACAAGCCCUACUGCAAUUUGCCCUGCUGUUGGCGCAUCAUCUACAGCAUCCGCCUCAGCCAAUGCGACCGUUGAGGCGGCCGAAGUCCUUGUUGGUCUGUCAGCUACCAUGAUCGGUCAUCAGAGUGCAGAUAAUGGUUCUAGCACAGGUAAUUGUGGGGCCUCUUCAAAUUUGACGACGACAAGUGGGGAACAUGGUGCACCCAUUGCCGCUUCGAUCGGCAGCCACUUGACCCGAACCGAUUCUAGCAGGUUACCUGCUACUUGUCCUGGACAUAUGUCAAUUUGUUCAACAGGAGAACGACGAUUGCUUCACCAACAUCAACAGCUUUCUUAUACAGCCCCAGGAACGAGCCCGCCUGCCAAGCUGCCUUCCAUUGGAAUGACACCAAUUGGGGCUGGGCAUAGCCAAGCUAAUAUGCACUUGAAUAAUAUUUCCAGAAAUAGACUUGCUAGUGGAAUAGGCCUGAACAGGCAUGGAGAAUCUCUCGUCCCUCCCGCAAUUCAGUCUCACAAUUAUAAAUCACUUCCACUAGGACAAAAACGUGUUCGUCAUACGUCUGCAGGGGAGGCAAAUUCAACCAACCAAACGCUCUUGAACAAGGUGACCAUUUCAGAUGAUGGAAAACGCUUGUUUAGAAUUUCUCUUGCCUCUAAGACUCGUGCUAAAUUAGACCAGCUAAUCUCUGAGGCUUGUGCUCUAGAGGUCAGUCUGCCGUUAACUCGAUGGCUCUGGCAGCUCCACCUUGCCUCUGACGUGCCUGAAAGGUCAAGCAGCUCCGGCCAAAAAGCUGAUACCCACGAUCAUACAGAUAAUGACAAUGAUAUAGAUGAUGAAGCAGAUGAAGUAGCUAGGAGAAAAGGAGUCCACUCUAACCGUGUGGAUGGAGAACGAGACAAACGGAUUGAAAAUGAACUUGAUCUAGCUCCUGGAGCAACAACACCUUCGCUUGCUGGCUGGGAAGAAAUGCAGCUGAAGCGACGUCUGAUGCGUUAUCUGCACAGAUUAAUACAGCAGCAACACCAACAGCCCUGUCAGCAGCAACCGCAACAGCAACAAUAUCUAACUUCUUCAUCUCUUCAACCCAACAAUCUCGCUACUUCUCAAGACGAGUCGUCUAAGGAAUCUGAAAAGUGGUCUUUACACGUCGAUAAAUCUUCUGCUUUGUCUUUGCCUCAUAAACGCCGUUUAAAGCGAUCUUCAACUAGCAAUGAGGUAUUUUUGACCCUGAGACAGAAACGGCGAACUCUCCGUAAUGGCAGCCGAUCUUCUGAUAUUAUUGAUGGUGAUCGUGAUGAAGACCUUGGGAUUAAUAAUGAGAGUGUGCUGGACGGUCAAGAGAAAGAAAGUAUCAGGGUUCAACGGGAAGGUGACGACGAAGAAGAGGAUCUAGGAAGGACAGCGAUUAAGCAGUCAUCAUCAUGCACUCAUUUGUGUGGGCGUCGCGGAAGUAGAACUGAAGCUGGAAAUGAGUUACGACGUUGCGUAAAUGAGGAGGAUGAGAAUGAUGAUGAAGGUGUUGCAGAUGGUGAUGAAGAGCAUGUUUCGGAAACUAGAAGUGCCCUAGGUUCUUCUGGAUCGAGGUUUUCUUGCAGGUCGAGCAGACAGCGUAUAGCGGAAAAACCUCGUUGCGAACAAUCAUUUCACUCAGCUGAACGUGCCCGGCGACAUUUGGCAGGAUCACUCGCUCGUGCAAGAUUGGCUUCGCUGGGCAAGCGGAUUUUGAGAACUAGUCUUCUAGUGAAACAUGCCAUUCGGGGAAGAGAUAUUGCAUUGAAUGAUCAACGGUUGUAA